CGUCGUGACGCAGACCGGAUGUGUCGUGAAUAAAACUUCCUCAUUUAUUUACGCCGUUGACGUAAUCUUACACAUGCGCAGUGAGUCCGGGGCUUCUUUCUGCUGCACUACUGGGCUGGCGCAUCUGGCUAGCUAGCUGAUCAUUUAAGAUGGAUGUGUUCUUAAUGAUCCGGCGUAACAAGACCACCAUCUUCACAGAUGCUAAGGAGUCCACCACAGUCUACGAACUCAAGCGUAUAGUAGAGGGGAUUCUAAAGAGACCACCUGAAGACCAGCGGCUAUACAAAGACGACCAGUUGCUAGAAGACUGCAAAACUCUCGGGGACAGCGGCUUCACCAACCAGACCGCCAGACCUCAAGCGCCGGCUACCGUCGGUCUAGCCAUCCGAGUCGGCGACGAGAUGUUUGAGCAGCUGCACAUCGAGGCCUUCUCCAGCCCCCCGGAACUCCCCGAUGUGAUGAAACCUCAGGACUCGGGCAGCACCGCCAACGAGCAGGCCGUGCAGUGACACGCGUGCAAAUGGACGAACGGCCGUCAAGAAGUAGUAGGGUGGAGGAUAUGUAGUGUCAUUUCAGUUUGUUCGACGUGGGCACGACGGGAAACCGCACCCGUCCACGUUAGCUUCAUGCUAUCAUCGCCUCUCCCUCUUGUUCGAAUUCACCUGUCAGGUUUUUAGGUAGUUUCCUCACUUUCGAAAGUGUGAAUGUGUGUCUGAGUCUAAUUUGAUGAAUAUUCAGGGGAAAAGUGAAGGUGUAGUCCUUUAUUAUUAUUAUUUUUAGAAGCAACCUGCAUGGUGAGUAAAUGCGCAACUGCAUGACAGAGGGCUUGAUCCGCACACAAACGAAUGACCCGGUUUAGUUAGCUAGCGUCGUGUCUUCCGGUUUUGUCGGAAAUUAUUUUUCUUGAAAGUUAUUGUUUUGGGGGGGGGGGGGGGGGGGGGGUCAUCACUGUGUCGCUUCUUUGUACCCGUUUCAUUUCCUGAGACCAAAGGACACCAGAGAAAUGUUCUUUUGCGGGAUUUGUGCCACAAACUUUUCAUGUCAUCGGCACCUUUCCCCACCAAAAAAAAAAAAAAUCCUGUAACUGUGAGCUUGCUUAAUUAAAGGUUUUCCAUUUUUGUUUUGUUUUUUAA